CGCGCUGCGGGGCCACACUGCGACCGCACCGAGGAGGAAGAGGAGAAAGCCGCGGACCGACAGGGGGGCCAGCCUGAGCCACAGCGGCGGAGAGGCACGAUUUAAGAGAAGAAGAAAAAGCAGAAGAGGAGGGUUCGGACGCGCCGUCACUGCACGGAUAAAAAAAAAAAAAAAAAAAUCCCCCGAAGAAGAAGCAGCAGCAGCAGCAGCAGAAGGCGGAGACGCGUCACACCGCGCUCUUCCUCCCUCCAUCUCUCUGCUCCGCUUUUCAGGGGAAUCGAACCAGAGGAGAAAAAACGACAGGAGGACAAAUAGAGAAAAAAAAAAAUCUUGUUUGGGAAUCUCGGAGCGUAAAACGACGAACGGCGCGGUGUUGGAAACCUCCCCCCCCUCCCCUCCCGGACCAGGGCCGAUUCUCCGUUUUCUAGCAGCCACCUCGGCGCGGCAACACCAUGAAGGACCGUACGGCGGAACUGCGAAGUGCUAAGGACAGCGAUGAUGAUGAGGAGGUGGUGCAGGUCGACAGGGACCACUUCAUGGAUGAGUUCUUCGAACAGGUGGAGGAGAUCAGAGGCUGUAUAGAGAAGCUGUCGGAGGAUGUGGAGCAGGUCAAGAAGCAGCACAGCGCCAUCCUGGCCGCACCCAACCCUGACGAAAAGACCAAGCAGGAGUUGGAGGACCUCACAGCUGACAUCAAGAAGACAGCCAAUAAAGUUCGCUCAAAAUUAAAAGCAAUCGAGCAGAGCAUCGAGCAGGAGGAGGGUCUCAACAGAUCAUCAGCGGACCUCAGGAUCCGCAAGACACAGCACUCGACGCUGUCACGUAAGUUUGUGGAGGUGAUGACUGAGUACAACACCACGCAGUCCAAGUACCGCGACCGCUGCAAGGACCGUAUCCAGAGACAGCUGGAAAUCACUGGGAGAACCACCACCAACGAGGAACUAGAGGAUAUGUUGGAGAGUGGCAAGCUGGCCAUCUUCACCGAUGAUAUCAAAAUGGACUCUCAGAUAUCCAAGCAGGCUCUGAACGAAAUCGAGACCCGACACACCGAGAUCAUCAAGCUGGAAAACAGUAUCCGUGAGCUGCACGACAUGUUCGUAGACAUGGCCAUGCUGGUCGAGAGCCAGGGAGAGAUGAUUGACAGAAUUGAGUACAACGUGGAACACUCCGUCGACUACGUGGAGCGAGCUGUAUCCGACACCAAGAAGGCCGUCAAAUACCAGAGCCAGGCCCGCAAGAAGAAGAUCAUGAUCAUCAUCUGCUGCGUCAUCCUAGGCGUGGUCCUGGCGUCGACUAUCGGCGGCACGCUGGGCUUCUAAGACGCUCCACUCCCUGCCGCUGUGACGACCGACAUCGACCAACCGUCCGACCGCCAGCAGAGAAAAGAAACACCAUCAACAACAACUACACAAAAACUUGAAACAAAAAUGCAAGACAGAUAACCAAUCAGCUAGGAAGAGAUAACAAUCCAGUCACAGAUAGGAGGAAACACCGCAGGGUUGGGUGGGGUUCAAAAAACAAUGACAAAAAAAACACAAUAAAAACGCCAUCACAUUAUAGCUGACUUAAAUACAUAACAUAUACAAAAGAGGGUACAAAUAAACCUACUAUUUAUUACAGAUGUACAUGUAAAUGUAUUGAACAUAUGAAGCAACACAUGGGUUAGCUACCUGUAAAAAAUUAUGACUUAUAAUAUUACAUAUACUUGUUUGUUUAUUUUGCUUUUUUUUAUUAUUUUCUAACAGUUUUUUUCUUUUUUUGGAGUCUCCGAGGACAGUGAUGGUGACUGCUGCUGGGUGGGAGUUCUGUAGGACGGGCAUUCCAGAGCUUUAUUUUCUACUUCCUUGCUUUAAUUUCAUCGCCAUAUUCCUGAUUAACGUGCACGGAUGUUCAACUUUACAAAGACAAAUCCUUACAUAGAACAUUCCGGCGCUCUAGAGCUUUGUGCUACAAAAGAUUCUAGCGGAACAGAGAGCGGUUCCAGAAUGCUGUCAAUCAUAGGAAUGUCAUUCUAGAAUGUUCCAGAAUGUCAUCUGUAAUCAUGGAAUAUUCUAGAAUCCUGUAGUUAAUGCUGGAAUGUUCCGGAAUGUUCUGGAAUGCUGUCCUUCUAGACGAGCACCCUCUGGCUUUGGCAGAACCAGCUUUGUUCCCUUGUUUGUAAGAGGGAGGGACAAACAUGGCUGUUGGCUCAGCCGCCCUUUGUAGAAGACCUCUCAUUGGUUGCUUACUCCUAUCAUUCACCUCCGUCAGCCUAUUAAAUGAGCUCGGAAUGGCAUAGCCAAACCUGUCAAAUAAAAUCACAAGGAAAAAGGUGACACGCGCCCACUGAAGUAUUUUCCACGGCCAGAUCAACUGGUUGGGAAAACACCAUGUCGUGAGGGGGGGGGUGUCAUUAACAGUGGCAGGUUUCCACGACAAAAACCUCCCCUUCUUGUCGCACCUAUCCAACCAAAGAGCAGGGGGAGGGACGGCCAUGGUUUUCCUGCUGAAUUAGAUGAACUGCAGAAAACUUUGACAGGUGAAAGGUGGGAAGGAGGGGGGAAGGAGGGUUUAAAAGAGGGUGUGAGGAGCCAGGCGGUCUAUCUAUGCAGUCUAGAUAAGAGGAAGACGACUUGUCCCGCCUUCCACACCCAAGAGAGCCAAUGAGGGUCAGGGGUUCAGCACCAAUAGGCUCAUCACAUUAAUCAAUGUAGAGGCCGACCGUCAUCUCCGAGCUGUCACAACUGUUCUUCCGGAAGAUUCUUAAAAACGAAGAGAACACAUAAAACAAUAACGACAAACUAAAACAUAGCAUUUUAAAACUAACAAGCUAGACAAUUUGGACAGAAGAUGUAGAAACUCUGAAGAUGCUGGCAUGCCCUGGUUACCUGAGUGUCGUGGAAAUAAUUUUCAUACUUUAUGGGGAACAUUCGUUGCUUCGUCGUUCCGUGGUGCUGCUGUUUUUAGUGCGUGCAUGACGUGUCCCGUGAUGUAUCAGCCUGACAUCAUUUAGCAGUUACUGUUCAGUCCGGUUUGAUGCAUUUGCCCGUUUCCUCCCGGCAUCCCCUCCAUCUCCUGACUGAGUGUGCGUUUGUGGAUUGUGGUGUUUUAUUCAAUUGAUUUUAACUGCCUCAGUCGCAUAGGUGCUACUGAACAGAAGAGGCAUUUCCCGUUGGUGGAUUGUCUCUGUGAAAGGCGGAAUAUGUGACACACUUACUCACAUAUCCACUUAUGUUCACAACAUGCUUGAACGCCUCAUACAUAUUAUGUUUCACACAGACACACCAAUUAUUCCCCCCUAAAUGUACAACACUUCUUUGUGUUGCACAUCUUGCCAGUGCUUCUUUUGGACUGGUUUUCUAGCAUGCUAUAGCAUUAGCUUGUGUUCAGUGUGGAUCAUGUAGAAGCUGCUUGUCAAGCUAAAGUUUACUUUCCUUUUUUAACGCUUAAUAUCAGACACUUUCUGUGUGUCUGAGCAAUGUUGAGGAAAGAGUGGCAUUCAAAGACUCGAAUUGUGAAAGCUAAAUCACAUAUCGGAAAGUCAAAAUUAUCUUAAGAGCACUUUACAGCAUCUCAAAAUGUAAUAGGAGUUUCUAACAAACUUUUUUUUAAAUUAAUCUGCCAUGAUGGUAGAAAGUGAAAAGGCUAGUUUGCCAAACCAACUCUAUCAGUAAGACAUUUCCAACAUUUCCAUCCUAUUUCAGACAUGCAUAGCCAUGAUCAUUUUUAUCUAUAUAUAAGAAUAUGUUUGCAUUAGCAGCUAUCAGUUUGGCAACCCUUUUCCAUAUAAAUUAAGCUAAUCAAGAAGCUAACGUGCUAAAUGUAGAUCAACCAAUCUUUGAAUCCAGGAUAUUUUGUCUCGGGUGGGGUUUCUGUCCAUCAGUUUAAAGCUAAUGUACAAUUUGCACACAAGAAAACCUAGAAAACACUGAAAAUUUGGAAAUAAACUUAAAAUUUCACAAAGAAAGAAGAGGUUGAAAAGUUGGCGCAUUUUUUUAAAGGAAAAGCGACUUUUUGCCGUGGAAACAUAUUUAGUGAACAACCAAUGAUGUAUCUAGAUUAUUACUCUAAACUAAGCAUCCAGAAGCUGCUACUUUCGGUUCUUGUCAUUACCCAAACUUCAUGGCCACAGGUGGAACAAAGAUCGACUGGUACGGAGUUCUGUCUCCUGGCUCAGCUCAUCCAUUCUACCCUGACUCGUGAACAGCCAGGCCAUUGUUUACCUCCAUUCUCUAAGACUGUAAACCAGCUAAGCCAGGCAUAGCAUACUGUAAAAUAACAACUGACUUGUGGUCCUCCUUCAUACUUCUUUCGAACGCAGUACUGCCCUCUUCUUCUGCAGUGGUUCUUUAUUUUCUUCACAAGUAGCACCACCUACUUCUCAACCUCUUUGCGCCUGAUACUUGCAUUACAGCAGCGGGUUGACACGCACAAAGUCGCAUGUCCUUUUGCCGACUUUCUAAAAAUUCUACAUUUAGAAGGAGACCCUGCUACCGUUAUUUGGUGGAUGUGCAAACCUCAACACUGCUCAAGACUGGCACAACAUAUCUGUGUUGUGUUUAUAUUUAUAGUACAAGCAUGUUUUAUCAGUUACUAUUUGAUGUCACUCAACUGUGUUGCUUUAAACUGGACACACUGGGGUGUAUAGCAUUACUAGACAGUAUCGUGACUCUUGUUUAGUAUUUUAGGGGUUUAAGUAGAGAGGGUUGCGUAUGUACAGGCUCUGUGAUACGGAGGUACGUUGCUUCUGUUGAGGCCUGUGCGAGCAAUCCUGCACCGUCACUGUCAAGAUAACAUCGACCACAAGAACUACCUUAAACUCAGCAAAAUCAGUCUAUAACUUCUAUUGGUGUCGAAGCAAUAAUGUUAGUUACAUUUAGGUUUCAUUUGACAAAAAUGUGUUAGCUAGCUCGCUUGCUAUGUCAAUGUUCUGCCCCAAGUGAAGUGUCUUUAGUUGUGAAGCGCAACCAUGAGAAAUUCUCUGGUUAGCUAACAAACAAAGCCAUGGCUUUGCUAACACACCACCACUUUAGCUUUUUUUUUUUAUAUGCUUACAGUACUGCUAACUGCCAGAACAAAGUGCAGACAUGAAAAAGUAGUCACUGUUCUGUUAAAAUGUGUGUUUUCUCGGCAGUCAUAAUAGAUAGCGCUUAGUUUUAGAUGUCUGUGAUGCUGUGUAGUUGCUAGGUGAAAUAAAAGACGAGAAUAUUUUUAAGAUUUGUAGAUCUGAUUCGUGAUUUUUCAUUUUAUUUUUGACUUCCCCAAGCCAAAACUAAACUUCUGCGUUCACCAAAGCUUAGCAAGCACCCCAAACCCCUCAAAGCAGCAAAAUCCAAUAGAUAUUUGUUCACAAUAAUUGUCAAUAGAUAUAGAACAUAUUAGCACUUUUCUCUGCAGCUGUAUUGUCAAUGUUCAUGGCUAAUUUAGGUGCUUUUUUUUUUUUUUUUUUAAACUAAUACACACUGAAACUGUACACUCAACAUAACUACAUUUCCCAGAUGUCUUUGGGCCCCCUUAGAGCUGUACAUUUUGGAUGUUUCAGGCAAAAUUUUGGGAAACCAAACCGACAUCCAUACAUUUUUCCACCCAUUCAUCAUGUGCCAGUAACGUCAUAAAGUCAGCCACACUAACAUUUAUUGAGUUUCAUGUUCCUCACGGUGGAUGGUUGUGAAGGUGACGUCACGGUCGUUGCAGUAGUCGUGCAUUGCUUUGGCGGCGGCAGUUGUGUUGGACUAAAUCUGCGAUGCAAGGAUGCUGUAGUAGCACCAGCCAGCUUGUUGAAAGUUGCGUUUCUUUGCUGUAUGUGUGCGUAUUUUUUCUGUAAUCUUCCUGUUCCUGUCUGAUAACCUUCCAUCAAGUCCCACUGCCCCCCUUUUGGCAAAGAAAACACAAGACUAACAUUACGUAAUAAAGGGUAGGUUAUACAUCUCGAUGAGGGCUAGGAAGUUUGUCCAAGUAUUCAGCCCCCGUGUCCUUUUGUCUUCCCGCUUCCUGUUUGUGUUGUAGAUGUUUGGUUGUAGAAAAAGACGACAUCGAGGAUCGGGAGUCUGCCCCUUCCCCUCCCCUGCAGAACCUAGCCCAUUCUGUUGAGUGUAAUAAUGAUAAUAAUAAUAAUAAAAAAGGCAUGCAAAAGCGUUGUGGAGUUUGCAUGAUGGUGUUUUUUGUACCCCAAUCUCAACCUGCCCUCCAUGUCGCGCACUUUACUUCUCAUCGGACCUGUCUUUGGUUAGCACGUUACCUAACUACUCAAUUUUUUACGUCAACACUUUGGUAUACCACAAAAACACAAGCUUUGUUUCUUUCAUUGCUGGAACCAAACUUUGUGAGUGUUCUGUCAAAAAACUGAGUUGAUAUUAAAACUUGUGAAAGCAUAAUUUUGGAAACCCUGUCGUCGACUUGAGCCAUUCUGCUUCCCCCACCCUCCUGACAUCGACCUCCAAUCCUCCCACUAGGUUUUUGCACCUCCGUUGGCAUCGAUUUCUGGCCUCCAUGGCUGUUUUGUAUCUUUGUGGAGGAAUUACCCUGCAAAUGUUUAAGUCUGAAAACCUGUGGGCCAACCUCCCGUCGACCCCUCCGCCCAGCCUUGUGUGCAGCAUGCCUUCCUUCCUGUUCAGUCAAACAAGAUUGGUGCAUAAAUGUGUGAUUGUUUGUGUCUUAUUGUGUCAAAGCAGCACGAGUUUGUUUUAAUGUGUGAAGCAUCCAAUGGCAGGUUCACGGGUUUCACAGCCAUUCGAUGAAUUCCUCUUUAUUUCUUUGAGAAUUCUAACAAGAGAUAGGACAUCAAAAAUCUUUAUGGACGCCAUGAUCACUGUUAUUUAUUGAAAUUUAAACCAAAGCGUUUUCUGCCCUCCCCUCAUGUGUUCUCAAAAUGUUCGCCGCUAUUAUCAAAGAGCACAACGCGUGUCAAGUUUACACUGAGAUGUUCGUCACAAAUGGUGAAAAAAUAUGCUAUAAAAAAAAACAUCAAAUGCUACCAUAUCUAUCAAAACAACAGCCCUGCCCCCCUGCCCACCACCAGCCCUCACUGCAUGUUGGUCUGUACGCCAAUCAACCCAACCCGAUAGUUAUCUCACGCCACAACGAUGUCUAGCACCACACCCCCUCUCCUUUCUUUUCCACAUGUUGAUGUUAGUUUGUGGUCUGAUUUAGUGCACAAAUAUGACAAAUAAUCAUCUGUAUAAACAAUUAGCAUAUGUACGCUUCUCCUCCACUUUGAGGCAUAUACGGAGACAAUGGUGGUGCUUUCUUAUUCUAUUUAUUAAUUGCUGUAAUUCUUGUUCUUUUGGUGUCAUUUUCUGUACAGCUUAUUGGUCUCUGUGCUCAUGCUUAAAGGGCAAUGCCACUUAGUAGGUUUUAAGGAGCUACCUAGCUACCUAACCUCUUCACAUAUAACUCUCCUUUAAAGUCACAAAUUGUUAUGUUUCAAAAGUUGGGUUAAUUACCAUAAGCAUCUUAAUUUUCCCUCUUUUCCUUGCUUUAUUUAUGGCCUCCAUGGACCUUAACUCUGAAUGCUGCAGCUAGCAAUUAAAUGAUAGACUUUAGGUUAAAAGAAGGUAAAAAUUACACCAAUAUGACCCUUAAGACAGUGGUUCUCAACUGGUCUGGCAUCAGGGCCUACCCCCACCUCCUUACAAGACCCAAGUUUUACUAAAUGGAACAAAAGAGACAGGACAAAAGAAAUACAUACAAGACAGUAAGGAAAUUUGGCAAUUUCUGGAGGAAUUUUCCAAUUGUCUUGGGAAAACCAAGUUUCUUAUCCAAGAAAAGGAGAUACAUAAAUUAAAAUCUAAAGAAAAGGACCAAACUAAUCUUAAUGUCACAAGACAAUAGGGAUGUGAUGGUAUUAAAAUCUCAAGGUACGAUAAUACCACAGUAACGUGUCCAUGGUACCGUACCAUGGUAAACAAAAAAAUCCCCUAAACAACAAAUGAAGACUUGAAAAAGUGAUGUUGACAUUUAUCAAACAACAAUUGCACUCUGACCAUUACAUUACGUGCAAAAAAGUGCCAUAGGUGUGCAUUAGGCUCGAGCGUGUUUACUUACCUUCUAAAACCUUCGUUGUCCACCAUUGAAAAUAGCUGAGGCUCUUUGGUGAUAACUCCACCGAUGCACUUUGUGAUCUGUUGAGCCCUUGCGCUGUCAUGGGGAAGUGGGAUUGUGAGUGCAAGUCUUCUGGCCUGGUCAGAUUCUGCUCUUUGCAUCUAAACAAAUUUUUCAGCUCCUGUAACUUGUAUUUCUCUGCAAGUGCAUCACCGCAGUCCGGCAGUGUCUGCAUAUUGUUUUUUUUUGUUUGUUUGUUUGUUUUUUUUGUUCUUUGCACGACAGAUUUUAAAAGUCACUGGAGCCUUCACAAUCUCACUCGGUUCUCCAUUGUCACUCCAUAAUUUCUCGCGCUGCAAGAUCAAGCCAACGAGUGGAGCGCAAAAGAUUGAUAGGUGCGCAAGGGCCAAUGGUAACUGUAGUUCCCACUUCCCAUUGCUCUGAUCAGCUACACUCUUUGCUCUAGAUAUUUACAAGAUAUUACUGAGAGGCUACUGUUACUUCUCUACAAGAAAACCUAAGAAAAAUAAAAUGCUGAUGUUCUGUACUCCCACUUAAGGCUUAAGUACAACUUUUUUUUUUUUGCCUCAUACUUUUCAACCCACUUUUAGGUCCAGGGACCCACCUCCAUAAGAUGGUGGUUUUCAGCCAAGGCAUACCUGAGAUCAAGCCAAACCAUAUCUAUUUCCAUGCACAACAGCCUUUUUAAUUCCUUUAUAGUAUCUUAAGUCAUUGUACAGUUAUAAGUAAGGAUGCUGGUCAUACAGAUUACCAAGACACACCUAGACUUGCCUCAAUUGAGAACCACUGCCUUAAGAAACAGUCCUCUAUAGCUAGAUGUUAGCAUUCUAAGAUAAGUCUUUUUGCUUUAAACUUCUAAAUCACGGUCACGUUGUCUUCUGACUUUUCUCUUUGGCUUAAACAUAUCCUUAUUCAGUAAAAAUAUCAAACCAUGGAUGGAUCAUAAGAAGCUUUUUGUUAGUACAACGCCCAGACUAGCUAGCUCCAUGAGCCUACAGUGAGCAUUUUCCUUUGUGUGAGGACGGACUGCAGCCUUGUCAACUGAAGUUACAUAUGUAGGGAAGAAUAUAUAUAUAAAUAUAUAAAUAUAAAUCUUACACCAACACACUGCAUUUCUAUAACUGUAUGUACAUGGCUUUAUAGCCAUUUCUGCUUCUGUUGGCUGUGUACAGUUUUUGCCAGAGCAGGGUACAGAAAGCGGGUAAAAAUCAUCCGGAGGAAGUUUGAGUACGACAUCAAGACUCCAAAGAUCAACUUACCGUUAGCUGAAGUAACGUUGCAUUCUGUUUCACACAAAAACAACAUCUUAUCCCCAUAGUAUCUGAUUAUUUUUGGCACAGCCAGUUAUUUUUUAAGCAGCACGGUCGAAGGCUGAUGAUUUAAGAUCAUUGCUUUUUCGUUCCGUUGAUGUCGGACUUCGAGACUCUUCUCUACGAUGAUUUUUGUCUUCCUGAAACAAUUUUCAAAACCAAAACCUGUUCAGUGCCCUGCUCUGGAGGAUUUCUUUGUCUUUAUUUUAGUCGUGGCUCAAGCAGCCAUGACAUGAUUUUUUUUAAUGUGAAGCUUCACCCAUAAGUCUCUGCUCUCCUCAUUGUUCGAGACAGUAUUUCAGUUUGUAUCAGUGUUUUUUUCCCUAGUGGGAGGGGUGGGAUGAGUCAGGGAAGGGGGCCAUAGAGAUAGACCACAUGGUCUCUGCCAUAGCAAGUAGAAAAGACAGUUAAAUAUUGUUAUCAUUAUUAUUAUUAUUAUUAUUACUAUUAUUGUUAUUAUUAUUAUUAUUAUUAUUAUUACUAUCAUAACUGACAAUUAAAAAUGCAGUAAAACAUUUGCAAAAACCCACAGGAGAGCGAACGCUUCACACAAAGUGAUCAAACUAACAUAAAAACAUAAGAAGGGAGGUUAUGAUGAUUCUAUAAUAGCAAUGAUUUAAAGAAGUACAAAAGGAGUUAUGUUAUCAUAAAUAAUAGUAGUAAUAUUGAAUAUUGAAUGCUCGCAAUUUUGUCAAACUGAAACUGGAUUCUUUGUGUUAUGUAAUUAUUGUAAAUAACUUCAAAGAGAGAAAAAAUGACUUGCAUGUCUAUGUAUAAAUCUACUGAGAUAUCUAUUCCCGUCAAAGUUGGCACAUAGUUCGAUCUCUGUCCUUUUUUGCCUCUUUCGCUUUCCCCUCACCCAUCCUCACCUUCGACGACGCUCCUUUAACUCUCUCUCUUCGUGGGUGAGAGAGGAACAGAGAGGAAGAGAAUCAUAGCGUCCAGCGUCUUCGUCUGUCAUGCUCAAUUCAGACGCCGCGUUUACACCGGUCCGCCGAAAUCGUAACUCCACACUGGUGAGAAUAAAACAUCCAACAGUGGAGGAGAAACACUGCUGGACUUCUAUUGUCACUCUGGGGUCUUCUUUCUAUUUGGUAGGAAUCAUUUUACAUAGAAAUGAAGCGGUUUCUGUGGGCUCUCUUGACAAUUUUUGCCUUUUUUGGGUGUGAACGUGGCUACAACCAUGACUCCGUCCAUCAUCCCAGUUCCAGAGGCGCCGCUCACUGGCUCCUCUGAUGAAAGUGCUUCCCUCCAUAUUAGGAAAAAUCAACCCCGCCUCCAGGGCUUUCCACGUCACGUUCCCCCUGAUCACGUCGGAAGCCCUGUUAGCGGGUUUCCGAACUCUCUCUCCCUCUCUGUGGCGCUCUCUCAACCACAGCUAGCUAGCUUAGCAGCAACGCUUUGUCUCUACCUGCCUGUUUCCCCCGAAAACAAGUCCUACGUAAACGGUGAGCCAUUUUGCUUAUGCAAAACAAGUCUAUGCUGAUUAGACGCAGCUCUAAGAUGCAAAAAAAAUCAGUAUUUUGAUAAAGCAUUCAUCCAGAAAACAAAAUCUCACGGCACCAUCUUCAUGCAGCGCUUCUUUAAUUCAUCAGUGAUUUCAUAAGAACGCACAAAAAGGCUCGUACGCCACUUUCAUUUGUUUCUGCAUCCACUCACCAGUCUUCCUUUCACUGUUUUCUUUCUUUAUUCCAACAUCUGAGUUCUAUUUCUGCAAGCUCCAAUCUGAAUACAUCAAAUUAGUGAAUACACUCGACCAAAUUCUGAAUGUAGUCCGAGGGCAGCUUUUUCGCCUAUAAAGUCCCAAGAGUCACCAUCUAUCUCCAGGCCCGGUCUCUAGCCUCACACAGGCCUACCGUAACAGAGCGUGCAAUAUUUAGAGAAACAAGGGCUUUCUUCAUGACGCAGGAGCGACGUCAGAGCUCAGACCUCCUGUAUCGACUCUGUUUAUUUUAGCAGCACCCUUCGGAUCGCAUUUUUAGCGCCGAUAGUUAAGAAACAGCGGCCAUCUUUUGGGGGGAAACGGCAGGUGAGAGAUGGAGAUGUGAGGUCAUAGAAAAAAAUCCCCAAACUUUAAAAAAUCAAAAAGAGGACAGGGCCAUCGCUCUCCAGACGCAACUUUGACCGGAAAUGCAACUUGUGUCCCGUUUUUUUUGUGUGUGUGUAUGUGUGCGUAGCGUAAUGUAAAAGCGAUCUGUCCCCCCCCCUUCCCCUCCCCUCUCUGCCCCCCCAUCUAAAAUAAAACCCCCUCCCGACCCCUCUUUCUCCCUCCAAUCCCGCCAGCCCUGUCUCCCCCCUCCUCCCCCCCUCUCUCGUACUGCUGUUGGCUGUUCUGUUUAGUUCAUGUGACGUGCCAGUAUUCCCCCUCCCCUCUAUUUUACCUAUUUGCCUCCCCCAUCCCACUCCCCCUGCCCCAUCUCUCUCUUUCUCUCUCUUUCUCUCUCUCACUCCCUCUCUCUCCUCCUUCCCCUCUCUCUCUCUCUCUCUCUCUCUCUCUCUCUUCAUGGAUCUUUAAGAUGACAACUCUAUGCAGAUGCUGUCUUUUAUAAGUGUGUCAAAAUUUUAAUUUAAAAUAAAAACUUAAAAA